GUGAUCCACAAGAUCCAGACUUCCAGGAGAUUGUUCUUCAACAUCCUGAACCGAGUGUCACAAUGACUCCACGUUCUACAGGGGCGUUCACGAUGACUUGGUUGCUGCUAGGUUUCUUCACACCUCUUGAAGGAGAACGGCAGAAGGACUCAUGGCUUCCAACCGGAGAAGUUCCGAUUUAUUCCGAGCGAUCAAUUGAAGUCGAGCCUCUUUUGUAUGAAAAAUACCACGGACAUGAAAUUGAAAUGAGACGACAGGGUAGAGAAUAUUCCCGCAACGGUGAUAUCAGAGAGAAGAAAAAUACCGAAUACGUACCUUUGACAUCAGAGGGCUCUUCGAACCAAGUUACCAAGGAGGAUAGUGUGCCUGGACGUUUUUAUUCUGAUGAAAGUGACAAAAAUGCCGCCUUACUCGAAGAUGAAAAGGAGUUCAAUGAUGAACAGGAUGAGAGAUUGAACGAUAUCGAAUUUGACGACGCGAAGGACGAUGCAGGAAAGUUGGUGAUGAAGAAAAUUAACGUCAUCGAUGAAGGUCUGGAAGGCGAUUCGCAGGAGUUACUUUCGGAAGGCUUUCAUAAUUUCGGAGCUAUCGAAGAUCAAGUAAUGGCGGAGUCGAAAGCUCACGAAGAAGCAAAGCGAGUUGCAAGACAAAUUCGAUAUCCUACGCGGCCAGGAUUCUUUUGGACCUUAGGAAGGGUAAUAUUUGAGACAUUCAACGACACAAGGUCGGCUGUUCAACAGAUUAACGCAAUCCUUAGCAAUAAUUUUGCAUCAGAGACCACUCAAAGACCAACCUCUAGUAAUCCGUUAAUAAGCAGCACUAUAACCCCCGCUAGCACAACAAACGGACCGGGAGAAAAUAAUAAUGAAACAUCAACAAAUGUCACUCAGAGAGUGACAACCACGACAGCAGCGCCAUUUAGACUGACAAGAACGGAAUUACAGGGACUCAUAAGAAGAAAUCUCAGAGGAUUGGUUCGACUGUUCAAUAUCGAGUGGAGAGACGCUCUUAAUCAAUCACAAGUAUCAGUGAAUGAGUUUAGACGUGAUCUUGGAAAUCAAAUUCAAAGUUAUCUCCGGGACGAUCCCCGUGUCAAUCAGCAGGGGAAAUAGAUACGUCAUCAACAAUGUUGAAAAGUCAAGUGAACCGGCUUGGAGUAACCAUUAAGCAAGAAUGGCCAAAGACUGAAGUCGUCAAAAAUAACCGCUAUUAAUUAUCACGUAUUUAUUACAGUAUUUACUAAGCAAUCAUGUUUAAAGUCACAUCCAUUUUCAGAAGUGGACUGUUUUUCCACCAGCGGAAAUACGAAGUGAUACGUUUAACUGUUAUAAAUGUUUCAAGUCACCCUGAUGGAUCGACAUGGAGUUCCUUGUAUUUGAAAGAAAAGUGCUCAUCAAUUACUUUUAGUAUUGUAUAUACGCCAUUUUACAGUAUUUGAUCAAGUUAGCAUCUGAAAUGCUUACAAACUAACUUUAACAAGUAUUGAUUGCAGUCUAGCAAAGACACGCUAUUUAUUUGCAAAAUUACCACUUAUGAACUGUUAAGCACAGGUUGAUUUCACAGUGUAAAGAAAAGUUUAGUCAAGUUAUACGUCAAUUAUUCAUCGUAAUGGUGCUAAAUAACGAUUUUCUUUAAGGAUUAUAUUGUCCUUGCUGCCUUGCAAUACCCGAUGAGUAACAAAAUUUCCUAAGAAACAAUUUAAAUUGUAUCGAAAAACACAGAAAUGAUUAUCAUGAAAAGAUUUUAAUCUAUGCAGUUCUACCCUAACUUAUACGAUUACUUAAAAUAAUAGAAGAAUUUAUUAGAAUAAUGCACACAUUCUUUGUACAUAUAAAACCAAUCUUGGUAGAAAGGUGUUCACUGAUCUACAAUCCACAAUAAUUGGAUCGCCUUUUUAUUAAUUAUUAGAGAAUUAAUAUAUUAGGUUCAUUAGUCUUCAGGAUAAAAUUAAUGAAAUAUGUAAAUAUAAACAGAAUAAACUUCAUGUGAAAAUGGAA